AUGAUGUUCGAGCCAUUCGUGACUUCGAUGUCGUCCGCAGACAUAGCUGUAGCACUGCCGCUACGCAUUUGUUCAGCACAUUUCGAAGGGGGAGAGAAAAAGGAAGGUGAUAUUCCUGUGCCGGAUCCACAGUUGGACGCACCGAUCUCGAUUGAGCUCCCGCCAAAAGAAACAAAAAGCAGCGAUCGACGACGAGCUCUUCAGCAGCCGAGGUCAUCAGCUCGUUCUACACCCUGCUCUAAUAGCUCCGCUGCAAGCACCUCCGUGAAACGAGGUCGUUCAUUGGCGGUCACCGCUGAUUAUUUGGCUAGCUGGAAGAAUCGCUCUGUUACUGACGAUUCAAACCCUCCGUGCAGCUCACUUCGCUUUCCAUCAUCCUCCAACAAUAAUAACGCUGCUGCUACUACAACUGCUGCCGCUGCUGCUGCUGCUGCUGCUGCUGCUGCCGCCGCAUCGGCCGAAUCUUCAGCUGACCUCAGACACAAUCAUUUCGUCGCAAAUAUACUAACCAUGAGUGGUCGUAUGUCGAAUGGUGCCACGGGACGCCCACUCGUUGCACUUCUCGACGGUCGGGAUUGUACUGUUGAAAUGCCAAUUUUGAAGGAUGUUGCAACAGUAGCAUUCUGUGACGCGCAAUCUACUCAUGAAAUUCAUGAAAAGGUGCUUAAUGAAGCGGUUGCUGCACUGAUGUGGCACUCAAUAACACUUGAACGCGAAGAUUUAGAAAAAUUUAAAGCACUGCGGGUAGUUGUACGGAUCGGAACAGGUACUGAUAAUAUUGACGUGAAGGCGGCAACAGAUCUCGGGAUUGCUGUAUGUAACACACCCGGUGACUGUGUUGAAGAAGUAGCCGAUACAACAAUAUCGUUAAUUUUAAAUAUGUAUAGGAAGACGUUUUGGUUGGCAAAAGCAGUUUCCGAAGGGAAAAAGGUCAGCGGUGUAGAGCAGGUACGUGAAUUGGCUAGUGGCAGUACACGAAUUCGCGAUGAUACUUUGGGUAUUAUUGGCCUUGGUCGUGUAGGUACAGCGGUGGCGAUGCGUGCUAAAGCAUUUGGAUUCAAAAUUUGCUUUUUCGAUCCACAUUUACCAGAAGGCGUCGAUAGGUCUUUGGGUAUCGAACGCUGUUACAAUCUCGAUGAUAUUUUAUUCAAAUCCGAUUGUAUAACACUACAUUGCCCACUAACCGAUGAAACAAGGCAUAUGAUCAAUGAUAUGACAAUCAAACAAAUGCGGCCGGGUGCGUUUGUUGUAAACACUUCGAGAGGUGGUCUUAUUCAGGAAAGUGCACUGGGUGAAUCUCUUAAAUCGGGGCACAUUAGAGCUGCAGCGCUUGAUGUCCAUGAACAUGAACCCUUCGAUCCUCUCGCCAUGGGACCUUUAUCGACUGUACCAAAUAUCAUCCACACUCCGCAUUGCUCAUGGUAUUCGGAUGCUUCAUGCAAGGAAUUACGUUUAUCGGCAGCACGAGAAGUUCGACGAGCUAUCGUUGGUAGAUGUCCUCAUGAUCUCAGCAACUGUGUCAACAAGGAAGCUCUUCUUGCUGGACAUAUUCGAAGGCCAACAUCAUCUACGUCCUUAACGCCGAAUGUAUCCAGCUCGUUUAAUCCUUUAAUGCCGUCAUUUGGAACGUCUAUCGCUGAUGGUUUUAAUGGUUUACCAGUUGGCGGCAGUUUACCAUCAUUUCCUUAUUCGAAUCCUUUGUUAGCAAUGGGCAACCCACUAUUAAAUCCAUUGAUGAUGAAUCCGAGUACGGCUGCACUAGCUAGUUUUGCAAAUGCUGCAGCAAGUUCACCACACAGUGGUCCUGCUGCUGCUCUUUCAACACUGGCUGCUGCUUCAUCUGCAAUGACAACCAGUGCUGCAUCGGUUGCAAGACAGUCACCUGCGGUACAGGUGUCCCACUCACCAAAAGCAAGCAAUAACAGUCGUACUACAGUUUCACCAGCUGUAAGACCAACAUCCUCACCCGAUGGUCCAGCUGAAGUAAAGGAUGGUACUCCACCUGCACAACAAGCUAGUUCGCAGCCCCAUUUAACUUCCACCUUAUCAUCAGCGGCAUCACCUUGCAGAAGUCCAGGGGCCUCUAAUUUACCUAAGGUGCCGACUAUAUCGGUUGACUCAUUGGCUUCAGUUGUUCCGGACGAAUCUGCUACCACUCCAGUCAAACUUGAUGCGGAAUAA